AUAUGACCCCAGUCUUUCACCAGUGUUGAAAAGUGAAGAAGUCGCAUUAACACUGCGGGAACAGCAGGUCACUCAGUAAUAAGUUUGAUGUAAGUGCUUUUGGUUACUGAUGUCUCGAGAGCAGCUGGUGGUUCAGCAGGCCAGGAAGGCUUUUCAAACUGGGAGAUCUAAACCGCUGGAUUUCAGAAUACAGCAGCUGAAAAACCUACAGCGUUUCAUUACGGAAAAACAAAAUGACAUCACUGAUGCUCUCAACAAGGACCUGUGCAAGAGCAAGAAUGGGACGCUGCUGUACGAGAUACUCGGCCUUGAAGGAGAGAUCAAUCUGGCCCUAAGCAAACUGGCAGAGUGGGCAGCCCCUCGUCCUGUAGCUAAAACUCUUGUCACCAUCACAAAUGAGGUUUACAUCUGGCCAGAGCCUCUCGGCGUGGUGCUUAUUAUCGGAGCUUGGAAUUAUCCAAUAGCUGUAACACUACAGCCACUUGUAGGAGCCAUCGCUGCUGGUAAUGCAGUAGUUGUGAAGCCAUCAGAGGUCAGCUGUCACACUGCCAAGGUCAUGGAGCUCCUGCACAUGUACUUGGACCCGGAGAUGUACCAGGUGGUGACUGGAGGAGUUUCUGAAACGCAGGAGUUGCUGAAGCAGCACUUCGAUCACAUCUUCUACACAGGAAGUAGCACAGUGGGGAAACUUGUUAUGGAAGCAGCUGCACGCCACCUCACACCAGUUACUCUGGAGCUGGGGGGGAAAAGUCCCUGCUAUAUUGAUAAAGGCUGUGACCUCAAAAUAGCUUGCCGUCGUAUCACAUGGGGAAAGUAUGUUAACUGUGGUCAGACCUGCAUAGCCCCUGAUUACAUCCUGUGUGAACCUAGCAUCCAAGACAAAGUAGUGGAGGAGAUUAGAAAAUGCAUUCAGGAAUUUUAUACAAAUGAUCCUAAGACCUUCAUAGACUAUGGACGCAUCGUCAAUCAGCGGCAUUUCAAGAGGAUAAUAACGCUUAUGGAGGGCAGCACAGUGGCUAUAGGGGGAGGACAUGAUGAAUCCCAGUGCUACAUUGCUCCCACUGUCCUAAAAGAUGUCACACCAGAAUCCAAGGUGAUGCAGGAGGAGAUCUUUGGGCCUGUACUGCCCAUCGUCCCAAUAAAUGGACUGAGCGAUGCUAUCCAGUUCAUUAAUGAAAGAGAGAAGCCUUUGGCAAUAUACGUUUUCUCUUCUAGUAAGAAGGUAAUAAAGAAGAUAAUGUUGGAAACGUCCAGUGGAGCGCUGAUAGCCAACGACUGCCUUGUUCACUUCAGCAUCAGUGAUUUGCCUUUUGGUGGUGUUGGUAACAGUGGGACUGGCUGCUACCAUGGCAAAUACACUUUUGAUCAGUUGAGUCACUUGCGCAGCUGCCUCAUUAAAAAUCUGAACAUGGAAAGGUUCAACCUGAUCCGCUACCCACCUCACACGGCAGAGAAACUAUACUGGGCCCGAAUCCUCCUCAAACAGGUGAACAUCAAACGAUGGAGACAGCUGGUGCAAGUUGCUGUGUUUGCAGCACUGGCAGGUUUUGUGGUACAGGUAUGCUUCACCUUCCUUCCCUACUCCCUGUGUGCUUCUUCAUAUUUCCUAGUUGGGCUAGGCAAAGAAAUCAUGCUCUACUGUAUACAGCUGAACUUGUAUACUCACUGUCUACUUUAAUAGGAACACCUGUACACUUGCUCAUAACUAGCUCAUAUCAGUCAUGUGGCUGAGGCACAAUGCUCGAAAGUCAAAAGGUGAAGAGCUUCAGUUAAUGUUCACAUCAAACAUUAGAAUAAAGAAAAAGUGUGACCUAUGUGACUAACUGUUGUAUAGUUGUUGGUGCCAGAUAAGUAUUCCAGAAACUGUUGUUCUCCUGGGAUUUUCACACAAAGCAGUUUCUAAAGUUUACAAAGAAGGUGUGAAACACAAAAAAACCAUGUAUGUCUUGGUCUGCAAGAAACACCUAUGGUCUGCAAGAAACACCUAUGUUGAUGGAAGAUUAUAGUAACUCAAAUAAGCAUUAUUUACAAUCUCAGGAAAGCAUCCCAGAACACAAAACACAUCAAACCUUGAGGUGGAUGAGCUACAACAAGAGAAGACCACAUCACAGUCCACUCCUGUGAGCCAAGAACAAGGAAGUUACCUUAUCCUUCCUGGUAGCUCAAACCAAUCUGGCUAUUGUCUUCUGACUUUUCUUUUAAAAACAGCGUUUCUGCAUGCAGAACUGUCGCUUACUCAAUAUUUUUUGUUUUCCGCACCAUUUUGUCUAAACUUUCGCGUGUGAAGAAAUAGACAAAACUUAUUUAUGAAUUUAUGAAUAGGGCUACUACUAUUCCACAUUUUUUCAUUUGUAAAAAAUGUAAUCUCUGUGUAAUGAUUAGUGGCUUUAUAGUUUCUGGUCAUAAUACUUUGUAAUAAUCACUUUGAGGUAUGUAUGAAUCAUGAAGUCUGCUUCAUAAAUUGCCUGCAUUGUAAUUUGGCAUAAGAUUUAGGGGUAACAAGGCUUAUUUCAAGCAUCAUUCCUCUGCCUACACUCCAGGGUUUGGAACGUUACUGUGCCAGGAGUUUAAAACAGAACAAAAGACAUACCCAUUUUCAUGAAACAGAAAUCUUCUUCAAUGAAAUCUUUUACUGCGUGAGUGGCCACAUGGGAAAAUUCUCCACAAUGAGUCUCUGUCCAUUCGAAAGAGAUUGACUCUGAACUGACUAAACCCCCCUUCCUCAACUAAACAGACAGAAGAGAAUGAAGAAUAGUCAAAUUACUGUCUAGGCAUGACUAGUUUUCUCUUAUCUGGCCAGAAGACACUGAUGCUGUAAUUACCUUGAUGGGGGUAGGACGAGAAGCUCAGCCAAACCAGGCUUUCUGUAUAAACUUACAAAAAACUACAGCUGGUUGUACACUGUUUUAUAUAGUUUCUUGUCAAUUCUGGGUUGUGUACUGCCUGAACUAAUUUUAUUGUGUCCUUUGCAGAGGUUCUUGCGUAAAGGUGGCUGAAAAGGAUCACCAACAGUCCCGUCCAGCCUUCUCUGGAAACUUCACCUCUUUACUAAUAAUGAGCAAGACUGUAAUAAAGCUCUAAUUUGUAAAUUGUGAUAGACAACUGAAAACUUGCAGACAAAUGUUCCAGCAAGGUAGAUACAUAUUCAGAUUAUGGGAAUUAUUUUACUGAAUGCAAAUAAACUAAAACAUUAAAUA